AUGAAGCCAGCAGGCACCAUUCUGCUUUUGAUCAGCCUGGCCUGUUUGUUCCUCUACACAGAUGCUGUGAGCCAAGGGGGCUCCAAGGCUUUUUGCAGAAACUAUGAGAAGACACUGGCCACUGAUCCAAAAUCAUGUCCCAAGUUCUACAAACCGGUGUGUGGCACUGAUGGAAAAACUUACAAAAAUCGUUGUGAAUUCUGCCGUACAGCCAUGGAAAGAAGUUUUGGGAAGCUUGGUUUUAAACAUGAAGGGAAAUGCUGA